AGUGCAUGACCUUUAAUCAAAUCCAACGCGGAUACUCCCGUCCCGCCCGCUGGUCGCAGCCGAUCAGUGAAUCGGCGGACGCCACUGACGCCUCCCGAUGACCGGCACACGUGAGGUUGUUGAUCUGGAAUCCUUGAGCAGAUUGAAAUGGGGGAUUUUUCUGCUCAAAACUCGUGGAGGUAUCAUUAACUCCUGAUCAACUGGCAUAAGGUGAACCACGCGCAUUGACCUCACUAGCCGUCCGUGGAGCGGAGAUCGUGAGAUCUGGCAAGCGUCAUCGGUGGCUGAGCCGAGGACUUCACCCAACGAGUGGCUUACUUUGAUCGUCGACUAAAGACAACAAUACUUCGCAUCAUCCAUCUGCUGGCGAAGAUGACUGGCGAAGAGCGGCAGGACGAAGAUGGCGAGAGACAGCCAUUGCUGCAGCAGCAGAGGCAUCGGAGAGAAAGUCAACUCGAUGCCGGCGAAGGCGGUGACAGUCGCGCCCUCAUUACCUUUGACGACGAAGACGCGGAGAAUCCUCGAGCAUGGAAGUUCCGCGAGAAGCUGGCCAACAUGGGCGUCAUCGCCGCCAUGGCCAUCCUGUCUCCCCUAGCCUCCUCGAUGUUUACCCCGGGCAUCGGACAGAUCGCAGAAGGCCUCGACACCGACGAGCAAAGCGUUAUCGCCUGCACCACCGGCUUUGUCAUUAUGCUGGGCAUAGGUCCGCUCAUCCUUGCUCCGCUCAGCGAAACAUUCGGACGCAGACCGCUAUAUCUCGUCUGCUUCUCAAUCUUUUCCCUGCUGCAGAUCCCGAGCGCCCUCGCCCCGAACAUCGAAACGCUCAUUGCCGUCCGUACCCUGAGCGGCUUCUUCGGAAGCGUCGGCAUCGCGAAUGGCGUUGGGCCUCUGUUGGGACCGACGAUUGGACCUCUUUUUGGUGGCCUUGUCGUUCAUCAUUUGGGAUGGCGCUGGGUAUUCUGGAUCCUCACCAUCGUCUGCUCGGUCAAUACGCUUGCCGGCUGGCUGCUCCUGCGCGAGACAUACGCGCCCAUCAUUCUCCACAAGCGUAAACAGCAAUGGGAAAAGGACGAGAACGCACCCGGAAAGUACAGUUACAAGGGCGAAGACACGCGACCCCUCGCCAAGAAAAUGCUUCGUUCCUUCCUGCGCCCAUUGCGCAUCUUCACACAGCCGAUCGUUUUCACGAUGAGCAUCUACCAAGCCAUCAUCUUUGCGACGACAUACAGUAUCUACACCAAUAUGCAGCCCAUAUUCAGCGACAAAUACGGCUUCACCACCGAUCAGGUGGGCCUGUUAUAUCUCGGUCCAGGACUUGGCUUUUUGACCGCGGUCUGGUUCAUUGUUCCGAUUGAUCGCGUUUGGCGCAUGCUGGCCAAGAAGUACGACGAUGGAGGCCGUCCGGAGUACCGCCUGCCACUCGCGAACAUUGGCUCGGUGCUUAUUCCGAUUUCCCUGUUCGUCUUCGCAUGGACGGUGGAGCGCAAGGUCUUCUGGCUGGUGCCAAUCAUCGCGACCUACUUUUACGGUAUCGGCCAAGUCACCAUCUUGAACACCACCACCAACUACUACAUCGACAGCUUUGAGCGGUACUCGGCGUCGGCCAUCGCAGCAGGCGCUGUCUUUCGAAGUGUCGUCGGCGGCAUCAUCCCCUUGUUCGCUCCCGGCCUUUUCGAUGAUCUGGGCUAUGGAUGGGGCGUCUCUGUUUUUGGUUUCCUGGCCCUGGCCAUCGCGCCGGCGCCGCUCAUCUUCUACUAUUUUGGCGCUCGAGUACGAAAGCGAUUUCAGAUCGACUUGGAUUGAAAUGUCAAUGCGUAUAGCGAGCUCGAUGUGGAGGUUACUGUGAUCUUGUAAAUAGCUUGAUCAUACAGCAAGCAGCUUA